UCAUAAGCGGACGCUCAACCACUGAGCCAGGCGGCGGGGCCCAGCCUCCUUUCCUUGAGCGGAUGGGGAGCUGGAGACACAGCACCAGCGGAGGCGAGGCCACACAGGCUCCCGGGGCCUCUGACGGUUCUGGGUGGCCGACCUACCAAUAUCCCCCCUGGCCGGUCUCUGCUCCGCACCUCCAGUGGCCCCUUUCCCAGGGGCCUGGGGCACCCUGGUCCCCUGCGCCGCCCGCCCGCCCCGGGAGCUGUCCGUGGUGCUGACCGCAGGCGCGGCCCUUGCUCGGCCGCUGCGCACGCGUCCCGGGCGGGGCGCGCAGGACCCGGCGGCGCCGCCACUGCGCAGCCUCCCGCGCGCCCCGCUCCCGGCUCCCGACUCCUGGCUCCCGGCUCCCACCGGCCGCGCCGCGCCUCGCCAUGGCGCUCAACCAGUUCCUGCUGGCGCAGUGCGCCUGCUACCUCUUGGCCUUCCUGUUCAGCUUCGUGGCGGUGGUGCCGCUGGCGGAGAACGGCCACGACUUCCGCGGCCGCUGCCUGCUCUUCACCGAGGGCCUGUGGCUCAGCGCCAACCUGACGGUGCAGGCGCGCGAGCGCUUCACGGUGCAGGAGUGGGGCCCGCCGGCCGCCUGCCGCUUCGGCCUGCUCGCCGGCCUCCUCUCGCUGCUGCUCGCCGCCGCGCUCGCCUGGCGCGCGCUCUUCUUCCUCUGCAAGGGCCACGAGGGCUCCUUCCUCUACGCCUUCCUGAACCUGCUGGUCAGCGCCUUCAUCGUCUUCCUCGUCUUCAUCGCCAGCACCAUCGUGAGCGUGGGCUUCACCAUGUGGUGCGACGCCGUCACCGAGAAGGGCUCGGUGCCCCACAGCUGUGAGGAGCUCCAGGACAUCGACUUGGAGCUGAACCUGGACAACUCUGCCUUCUAUGACCAGUUUGCCAUUGCCCAGUUCGGCCUCUGGGCCUCGUGGCUGGCCUGGCUGGCCAUCACCGUCCUGGCCUUCGUCAAAGUCUACCACAACUACCGCCAGCAGGACCUGCUGGACAGCCUGGUCCACGAGAAGGAGCUGCUGCUGGCCCGGCCGGGCGCGCGCACCCCGGCGCAGGAGGAGAAGAGCGCCGUCAUCUAGGCUGGGGGGGGGGGGGC